UGGCUGUUACCGUGUCACCGGCACGCACCGGAGAGCAGCUACACGUCUGCAAGGAGUCCGAGUACCACUACGAGUACACAGCCUGUGACAGCUCAGGAUCGCGCUGGAGGGUGGCUGUACCACACACACCUGGACUCUGCACUGGCCUGCCUGACCCUGUCAGGGGCACUGAAUGCUCAUUCUCCUGCAAGGCGGGUGAGUUCCUGGAGAUGCAGACGCAGACGUGCCGGCCCUGCGCUGUGGGCACCUAUUCGCUGGGCACUGGUGUCCGCUUCGAUGAGUGGGACGAGGUGCCCCAUGGCUUUGCCAAUGUGGCCACCAACCUGGAGGUGGAUGACGGCUUUGGCGAUGCGGCAGAGAACUGCACCGCGUCAACGUGGGUGCCACUGGGGGACUACAUCGCCUCCAACACAGAUGAGUGCACAGCCACCCUCAUGUAUGCUGUGAGCCUCAAGCAGUCGGGGACUGUCACCUUCGAGUACAUCUACCCUGACAGCAGCAUCGUCUUCGAAUUCUUCGUGCAGAACGACCAGUGCCAGCCCACGGUGGAGGAGUCCCGCUGGAUGCGGACGACAGAGAAGGGCUGGGAAUUCCACAGCGUGGAGCUGAGCCGUGGGAACAACGUGCUCUACUGGCGGACCACCGCCUUCUCCGUCUGGUCCAAGGUGCCUAAACCGGUGCUGGUGAGGAACAUCGGCAUUACAGGGGUGGCCUUCACUUCCGAGUGCUUCCCCUGCAAGCCCGGUACCUUCGCCCCCGCUGCCGGCUCAACCGCCUGCCAGCCCUGUCCCGCCGACACCUUCUCUGGCAAAGGGGCCACCGCCUGCCAGCCCUGCGACCCUGACACCUACGCCGAGCCCGGCUCGGGGUCCUGCAAGCCACGCCCGCCCUGCACGGACAAGGAUUUCUUCUACACCCACACGGCCUGCGACGCCCGUGGGGAGACCCAGCUGAUGUACAAGUGGGCAGAGCCCAAGAUCUGCAGUGAGGAGCUGCCACAGGCGACCCGGUUGCCAUCCUCGGGGGUCAAGACACGAUGCCCCCCCUGCAACCCUGGCUUCGCCAAAGGCAACAGCAGCACCUGCCAGCCCUGUCCCUAUGGCUUCUAUUCCAACGGCUCUGCCUGCCUCAGUUGCCCAGAGGGCACCGAGCCAGUGCUGGGCUUGGAGUACAAGUGGUGGAACGUGCUGCCCCCCAACAUGGAGACCACUGUGCUCAGCGGCAUCAACUUCGAGUACAAGGGCAUUGCAGGCUGGGAGGUAGCUGGGGACUACAUUUACACAGCAGCUGGAGCCUCUGACAGCGACUUCAUGAUCCUCACGCUGGUGGUCCCUGGCUUCAGCCCUCCAAGCCCAGUGCUGGAGGACACAGAGAGCAGAGAGGUGGCCAGGAUCACCUUCGUUUUCGAGACGCUGUGCAGCGUUGGCUGUGAGCUCUACUUUAUGGUGGGUGUCAACUCACACACCAACACUCCGGUGGAGACAUGGACAGGCUCCACAGGGAAACAAUCCUACACCUACCUGGUGGAGAAGAACGCAACCAUGAGCUUCACUUGGGCCUUCCAGCGCACCCCCUACCACGAGGCGGGCCGGCGGUUCACCAGUGAUGUGGCCAAGCUGUACAGCAUCAACGUCACCAAUGUGCAGGGGGGGGUGGCCUCCUUCUGCCGCCGCUGUGCCCCGCAGCCCACUGGGUCCUGUGCCCCGUGUUCCCCUGGCAGUACUGUGGACCCCAGCUCGGGCAUCUGCCAGCCCUGCCCAUCUGGCACCUACCUGCGGGGCCACCCCUCCGACGGGACGCCCACCUGCCACCCCUGUGGCCCUGGCACACACAGCAACCAGCUGCGAUCGCUAUGCUACAACAACUGCAGCCUGGCACUGGCACUGCCAGGCCGGAUGCUGCACUUCGAGUUCCCGUCGCUGGGCCAAGGUGCCGGGGUGGGCACUGGGCCCAGCUUCACCCCCAAAGGGCUGCGCUACAGCCAUCACUUCCGCCUUAGCCUCUGUGGGCACCAGGGCAGGAAAAUGGCCUCAUGCGCUGACAAUGUGACAGCCGGUCUGGGGGGCCCUGCCCGUGUGGUCACCUCUUAUGUGUGCCAGGCCAUUCUGGUGCCCCCUGAUGUCACCGGUGCCCGUGCAGCUGUGUCUUCUCAGCCUGUCAGCUUGGGUGACCACUUGCUGGGUGUCACCACCAGCUCCGUGCUGGACGGCAUCGUGUCUCCCCCAGAGCUCUUCCCCCCCAGCCACCCUGACCUGCCUGACAUCAUCUUCUUCUUCAGGUCCAACGACAUGACACAGCCCUGCAGUGGUGGCCGGGCCACCACCAUCCGCCUACGCUGUGACCCCCUGCGUGUCGGCACUGGCACCCUGGCUGUCCCCAGAAAAUGCCCCGAGGGCACCUGCGACGGCUGCACCUUCCAUUUCCUGUGGGUGACGGCCGAGGGAUGUCCCCGCUGCUCCAGCUCCCACCGCCGCCCCAUCGUCGGCGCCUGUAUCGGCGGCGUUCAGAAAACCACCUACGUGUGGCGGGAGCCCCGGCUGUGCCACGGCGGAGACGCCCUGCCGCCGCAGGUGAUCCAGGCGUGCCGGAGCGUGGAUUUUUGGCUAAAAGUGGGAAUUUCCACUGGGACGUGCGUGGCCGUCUUGCUGGCCGCGCUCGCCGCUUAUUUCUGGAAAAAGACUCAAAAGUUGGAAUACAAGUAUUCCAAGCUGGUGAUGGACGCGGCGGCCCGGGAGACCGACGCGACGUCGCCCGAUAGCUGCGCCAUCAUGGAGGGGGAGGACGCGGAGGACGAGCUGCUCUUUGCCACCGAAAUGUCACUUUUUGGAAAACUUAAAGCCCUGACGGCCAAGGUGAGGGCUCCGGGCCUCAGUUUCCCUACCCCACAGCGGAUGCCGGAUGGAUUCGACUCGGUCCCGCUCAAGACCUCAUCCAGCAGCACCGAUCGGGAGCUGUAAGAGGACGGGGGGCACCCUCGCAUCUCGCAGCCCUCCCAGGAGCUGUGACGGGCCAGAGGGGCAC